AGUCCUUUUUUAACAGGAUAGGAGGAGAAGAAACAAUUAUCAUCAGAUCAGAUUCAGACAUAAGUGUUGGUCUAGAGGUGAGAGGAGGAGAAGACAGAUCAUCAUCAUCAUCAUCAUCUGUCAUCGAGCUUAAAGGUCUCUGCUUUGAAUCCCAAAAGAAUGAACGUAGAGGAGGAGAUUCAGAAACUUGAGGAAGAGAUCCAUCGUCUUGGUUCUCUCCAGCCUGAUGGCUCUUACAAGGUGACGUUUGGUGUGUUGUUCAAUGACGAUCGAUGUGCCAACAUCUUCGAAGCUUUGGUUGGGACUUUGAGAGCUGCCAAGAAGCGCAAAAUAGUGGCGUUCCCUGGAGAGCUCUUGCUCCAAGGUGUUCAUGACAAGGUUGAGAUCACUCUCCGACCAUCUCCACCUCCACCUCAAGCUGCUGUCGCCGCCGCAACCACUUCCUAAGCUCCCCGUUUCCGAUUUGUUUCGUUUUAUCCUCUUAUUUAUCUGUGUAAUGAAAAUGAUGAACUCUGAAGAUCUCAAUGAUUGCUUUUGCUUCUCA